GGUGUAUCCCCUGGGUAAGUGUGGCCCUGUAGGAUAACAGAGCCGGGGCACUGGGGGAGGCACAGCCAGAGGGCGAAUGCCCCCGUUUUUACCAAAGUGUCAUGAUAGGCAACAGAACGUGGACACUGCAAAAGGAGGUGUGGAAAUGAGAGGGGCUCAUACCUCUGGCGUUUUCCUGGCCUGCUUGGAAUUUCUUUUUUGCCCUUUACUGGGUGGCAGCAGCAGACAUCUACAUCUGGAAGGCACCUGGAUGACUCUGAAGAGAGACAAACACAAGUCUUUUGAGAGCUACCUCUCAAAGGCUCCAUGUGAACCAUGCUUGCCUCUUUUGGCACUCACAAGGAUAUGAAGAAAAAAUUGUUUCUCCCUUGUCAUACUGGGCAGAAGUUGUUAUAGAGCUGUUUCCAAGAUGGCUGGACCGCAUGCCAGUGUAAGGGGUCUUGCCUCUGCAUUGCUGGCUAGGACUGAAUUGUGUUUGGCUGUGGACCAUUGUGGCCACUGUAGGAUACAGAUCAGCAUCCUUGAGCUUCACUCACUUGAUGCCAAGAACACCAUCGAAUUCUGACAGGAGAGCUGUCCUUUGCCAAGCAUCCCCUGCACAAUUGUUUAUUUAGAACUAAAGCAACUUGGUACAUAGAGCCAGAACCUUGUCCUUUGAAGACAUGACUAUGUCCAGUACUGAGAGACUCAUGCUAGGGCGUGACAGUGAUCCAGUGAGUUGAGCAAAGGCAUCCACAGAACCACCUCUGAUCUCUGAGACCCAAGUGCACACUGUUGAUUUCAUAUCUCUGCAUUUACCCAGCUCUGUACAGAGCCAUGUCCUCACUACACCCUCACCAGGUGUACAUGGUGAACAUCCUCACCAACAAAACAUUCUUCUGAACAAAACUCUAGAACUCAGGACAGUGCAUAUCUGAGAUGUUUAGUCAGUUCCUUGGCCUUCACAACAGACAAGCAAUGGGAUCUGAAGGGCAGCUGUUGCCUGGGAUAGCCAGAGUCACAUGUCAUAUACAUUUGUCAAUAUUAAUUAAUAGAGGAAUGUUUGGGGACAGUUUUUAUUGAGAGUAUCUAAUAGUUUUAUCAGGAAAGAGCACAAGAAUAAAACGUGUGCUGCUUGUUUUACACCCUUCAGUUGAGUGCCUUUUUUCCUCUCACAAGAUUUAUAAGGUUAGCAGCUGGCUUCUCUUAAGAGCCUGAAUUUCCCCCAGAACAGUUUCCAUUUUAUUAAAGCAGAAUUUGCAUUGUUGUUUAGGGCUAAACUUUGGUUCAGCUGAUGUGUGACAGAAGCAUUCAGGACCUCCUUAAGGAGGUCCCUGCCAUAGAGUCAGAGAAACACUGUCCCUUUCCACCACUGUCCUCAUCCAGGGCUGUGCAUCUGUGUCCUAGAAAUGGUAAGAGGGAGGAAAGGAGCUUGGUGUACAGCACACUUGGUCAUUCAGUGCCAGGUAGCCACUUCCUUAUCCCUGGGUAGAGCCCUUUAUCCCAUGCUAGUCUGCCGUUAGUUUCUGACUAGCCUACAACUGCAAAGGUCACCCACUUUGUCUUCCACCAUGUCCUCUGUAGCAUCAUAACCCUCAUAAUUGUGCUGGACUGUCCUAUGGCAGGUGUAAACUGAAAAUUCCAUUCAAUGAGGUGGUGGCUGCAUCUGGGAAGUCGGGCAGCUAUGGGUGAGCAUCAUUGUUCAGGAGUAACUAGGCCAAAAGGAGACUCCUGCCUCUACAGUGUCCAAACGAUGAGAUGUCUGAGUCAGGCCAGUCCUCAGCAGCUGCAACACCUAGUACUACAGGUACCAAGUCCAACACACCCACAUCCUCCGUGCCCUCAGCAGCAGUCACGCCACUCAAUGAGAGCCUACAGCCCCUGGGGGACUAUGGCAGUGUCACAAAGAACAACAAGCGGGCCCGAGAAAAGCGCAACAGCCGUAACAUGGAGGUCCAGGUCACCCAAGAGAUGCGGAACGUCAGUAUCGGUAUGGGCAGCAGUGACGAGUGGUCCGAUGUUCAGGACAUUAUCGACUCCACCCCAGAGCUGGAUGUGUGUCCAGAAACCCGUCUAGACCGCACAGGAAGCAGCCCGACCCAGGGAAUUGUAAACAAAGCUUUUGGAAUCAACACUGACUCCUUGUAUCAUGAACUGUCUACGGCAGGGUCUGAGGCCAUCGGGGAUGUGGACGAGGGAGCGGACCUCCUAGGGGAGUUCUCAGUGCGCGAUGAUUUUUUUGGAAUGGGCAAAGAAGUGGGGAACCUGCUGCUGGAGAACUCACAGCUUCUAGAGACAAAAAAUGCUUUGAAUGUGGUGAAGAAUGACCUCAUUGCCAAGGUUGACCAACUGUCAGGAGAACAGGAGGUGCUGAGGGGUGAACUAGAAGCAGCCAAGCAAGCCAAAGUCAAGCUGGAGAACCGAAUCAAAGAGCUUGAAGAAGAACUGAAAAGAGUCAAGUCAGAGGCAGUAACCGCCCGCCGUGAGCCCAGAGAAGAGGUGGAGGAUGUAAGCAGCUAUCUCUGUACAGAAUUGGACAAAAUCCCCAUGGCCCAGCGCCGACGCUUCACAAGGGUGGAGAUGGCCCGAGUGCUCAUGGAACGUAACCAGUACAAGGAACGCCUCAUGGAGCUGCAGGAGGCCGUGAGGUGGACUGAAAUGAUCAGAGCAUCAAGGGAGCACCCAUCUGUCCAGGAAAAGAAGAAGUCCACUAUCUGGCAAUUCUUUAGCCGCCUCUUCAGCUCCUCAUCCAGUCCCCCUCCAGCCAAGCGGUCCUACCCAUCGGUGAACAUUCACUACAAGUCACCCACUGCGGCUGGCUUUAGCCAGCGUCGCAGCCAUGCUAUGUGCCAGAUCUCAGCCAGCAGCCGACCCCUGGAGUUCUUCCCUGAUGAUGACUGCACCUCUUCUGCCCGGCGGGAGCAGAAGCGGGAGCAGUACCGCCAGGUUCGUGAACACGUGCGCAAUGAUGAUGGGAGACUGCAGGCCUGUGGGUGGAGCCUGCCUGCCAAGUACAAGCAGCUGAGCCCCAAUGGAGGCCAGGAAGACACCCGAAUGAAAAAUGUGCCUGUCCCUGUGUACUGCCGCCCUCUGGUGGAGAAGGAUCCCUCAACAAAGCUGUGGUGCGCUGCUGGUGUCAACUUGAGUGGGUGGAAACCAAAUGAAGAGGAUUCUAGCAAUGGACCCAAGCCUGCACCAGGUCGAGACCCUCUGACCUGUGACCGGGAAGGAGAAGGUGAACCCAAGAGUACCCACCCAUCACCUGAGAAGAAGAAGGCAAAGGAGGCCCCUGAGGCGGAUGCUACCUCCAGUCGGGUAUGGAUCCUCACCAGCACCCUGACCACCAGCAAGGUGGUGAUCAUUGAUGCCAACCAACCAGGCACAGUUGUGGAUCAGUUCACAGUCUGCAAUGCCCACGUCCUGUGUAUCUCCAGCAUUCCUGCUGCCAGCGACAGUGACUAUCCCCCUGGGGAGAUGUUCCUAGACAGUGAUGUGAACCCUGAAGACUCAGGAGCUGAUGGUGUGCUGGCUGGCAUCACCCUGGUGGGGUGUGCUACCCGCUGCAAUGUCCCACGUAGCAACUGUUCCUCCCGAGGAGACACCCCAGUACUUGACAAGGGGCAGGGGGAUGUGGCAGCCACUGCCAGUGGGAAGGUUAACCCAUCCCAAUCCACAGAAGAAGCCACAGAAGCCACAGAGGUGCCAGACCCUGGUCCCAGCGAGUCAGAAGCAACGACAGUCCGGCCUGGGCCCCUCACAGAGCAUGUCUUUACUGACCCAGCACCCACCCCAUCCUCCAGUACCCAGCCUGCCAGUGAGAAUGGGUCAGAGUGUGAUGGCAGCAUUGUACAGCCUCAGGUGGAGCCCAGUGGGGAGCCCUCAGCAACUACCAGUAGUGCUGCACCCACCAUGUGGCUUGGAGCCCAGAAUGGCUGGCUCUACGUGCAUUCAGCGGUAGCCAACUGGAAGAAGUGUCUGCACUCCAUCAAGCUGAAAGACUCUGUGCUGAGCCUGGUGCAUGUCAAAGGCCGAGUGCUGGUAGCUCUUGCAGAUGGGACCCUGGCUAUUUUCCACCGUGGAGAGGAUGGCCAGUGGGACCUGAGCAACUACCACCUAAUGGACCUGGGCCACCCACACCACUCCAUCCGCUGCAUGGCUGUUGUGGAUGACCGAGUUUGGUGUGGCUACAAGAACAAGGUGCAUGUCAUCCAGCCCAAGACAAUGCAGAUUGAGAAAUCAUUUGAUGCCCACCCAAGGCGGGAAAGCCAGGUACGGCAGCUGGCCUGGAUCGGGGAUGGAGUGUGGGUCUCUAUUCGCUUGGAUUCUACCCUUCGGCUCUACCAUGCACACACCCACCAGCACCUGCAGGAUGUGGACAUUGAGCCCUAUGUUAGCAAGAUGCUGGGUACUGGCAAGCUGGGCUUCUCCUUCGUGCGCAUCACAGCCCUACUCAUUGCAGGCAACCGCCUGUGGGUGGGCACUGGCAAUGGGGUUGUCAUCUCCAUCCCCUUGACUGAGACUGUGGUCCUGCAUCGAGGCCAGCUCUUAGGGCUCCGAGCCAACAAGACAUCGCCAACGUCUGGAGAGGGGACCCGCCCAGGGGGGAUCAUCCAUGUGUAUGGGGACGACAGCAGUGACAAGGCUGCCAGUAGUUUCAUCCCCUACUGCUCUAUGGCUCAAGCUCAGCUCUGCUUCCAUGGGCACCGGGAUGCUGUUAAAUUCUUUGUCUCUGUGCCAGGAAACGUGCUGGCCACUCUCAAUGGCAGUGUGCUAGACAGCCCAUCAGAGGGCCCCGGGCCUGCUGCACCCACUGCAGAUACUGAGGGCCAGAAGUUGAAGAAUGCACUGGUGCUGAGUGGUGGUGAAGGUUACAUUGACUUCCGCAUUGGGGAUGGAGAGGAUGAUGAAACUGAGGAAGGUGCCGGGGAUGUGAACCAGACAAAGCCCUCGUUGUCCAAGGCUGAGCGCAGCCACAUCAUCGUGUGGCAGGUGUCCUACACCCCUGAGUGAGACCCUGUCCUGCCUGAUGCCAACUGUACAUAGGACCCUACCUGCCUGUCCCCCCGCCUGUUCCCUGGGGCAGCCAGGUUCGUCCAUCCCCUUUUAACCUCUCAACUUGCAGCUUUUGCCUGAGGUCCAGCCCCCAGCUGUUAGAGAGGGUUGAAGCAGGGUUUGGGGAGUGAGGCAGGAACAGAUGUCUUUCCCAUCAGGGAGGAGAGAGCCUCUGAGACACUCUCUCCAGCAGCCCUUGGCCUUGGCCUAACACCCAGCCCAACAUGAAGUCCCAGGGGACCCUCAGGGCAAGGCAGGACCAAAAUGGCUAUGGGUAGCCCCUAUAGGUGGCCCUGGCUCCACUCCAUCCUCACCAGUCCUGGCAGGAGUAAGAGCCUCAUACUGCCAGAGUCUUCCCCAAGUCUACUUGCUUUGCAUGCAGCCCUGAGGAAGGGGUUCUUUAUUUCUAACCCUUUGCUCUCUCUGAGGGACCCAGGCCUAGCCACCGUUCUCUGCCCAGAAGCAAUGUUAAGGCUGCCCUGAUUCCUGGGUCCCAGCCAGCCUUCUCUGGGCUUUCCCCAUAUCCAAACUUACAUUCCCUUGGCCCCCAGCCUGGGUCUUAACCUAGGAACCUGGCAUGAAAGCUCAGGGCCAGCCUCCCUAGGGCAGCUGCUUCAAAAGAUGACAAAUACCCUUUAACCCAGGGGAGCCCAAGAUUGUCUAGCCCCUCACAGACCAGUGUUCCCUAGGCUCUUCCUGGGCACAAGAUUCACCUUGGAGGAGCAAGACCCUAGUGCCCUGCCCCUCCCAGAAGCCCCAAGGGUAGAAUUUCUCAGGCUGCCAAGGCAGGUACAGGCCUCAGGAAGAAGGGUGGCCCUGGUCUUCCCAGAGUCAGUCUUAGGAUGCAGGCUUAGCCUCAGGUUAAUGGAGGAUGGUGUGCUCCACGGGCCUGCCUCCUGCACAGGGCUCCAAGGGAGCCUAGCUCCCGGACACGUACUAAGUGCCUAGGGUUGCAGGCUGUGGCCUGCUCCCUUGGAGAGCAACUGACAAGAGGCUUCCAGGCAGAGGCCAGAAGAGCUGAGGACCGGCCAGGAUGGGCACAAUUCUAAGCAAGUGUGUGGAAGUGGGUGCUGCUCUGGCCCUGGCCUUACUCUUCAGGGGCACUGAUGAGAGUCAGUUGGCCUCUACUGCACUCUUCCCACCAGAGAAGCACAGAUCCAGGGGCAUUGCCCCUGAGCCUAUCUGGCCACAACAAGCUGCAACAAUGUGCAGCUGCAGGCUUCUCCCCAUCACCCUGCCACCUCUCCACUGUGAUGUAUGUCCCUUGUCUGUUCCCACAGGAGUGUGAAGUGACUGGGGUUAGCUGGGUGGGUGCAACUGGAGGGAAGGGGCCAGUGCAACUCUCCUCAGGCUUUGGCCUUGCAAGUGAACUCACAUAUCUGCUCUGUAUGUAAUAAAUGUCUUAACACUA